UCUGACGGGCCGCCGACAGCACUAAACGUUUAUGCCAUUUAACUAUGCCAUUUGAAGCCAGCUCCCAGGGGGUCACCAUCUUCCCUUCAGUCUACUAAACCAAAACUCAUCACAAGCAAGAUACUCAAAUUUCGAUAACAAAAUCCGUUCGCCCGGCCUCAUCAUUCCCAUAUGUUAUAGUAACGAACGAACGACCUUUUCCCGAAUUGCACCAUCCCUCCCAAAGAGCCCCACCCGCAAGAUGUCCGGCGUCGACUCCCCCGAUGUCCUAGCCGCAUACGACGCGGUACGCUCGGACAAGGACGCGACGAACUGGCUGCUACUCUCGUAUGCGAGUGCCGUAGGCGACAAGUUGGUACUCUCGGGAACCGGCAGCGGAGGAUUGUCGGAGGUGGUGUCCAAAUUAGACGACUCCCAAGUUAAUUACGCGUACGUGCGAAUCGAAUACAACAACGAUUCGGAGAGCAAGCGUGUCAAGUUCGUGCUCAUCGUAUGGAUCGGAGAAGGCGUCAAGGUGAUGCGCAAAGCCCGCGUGUCCAUAGAGAGCUCAAACGUGAAGAAGGUGCUGUCGCAUCACUCUAUAACAGUUGACGCUCGUGAUCGAGGCGAUCUUGACGAGAAGGACAUCGUGACUAGGCUGCGGAGAGCUGGCGGUGCUGAUUACAACGGCGGAAGAGGCUAAGAGAAUUAGACAGACGUUUGGAGGAAACCAUAUACGGAGUUAAGGGGUUGAGCGAAUAGAGGAUGCUAGGGGAUG